CAGCAACAUCUGUUUGCAGAUGAGUCUGUCAAUGCAGCGGAGGUCGCCAAUACGACAUGUCUCAUCAGAUCGUUCAGAUUCUCCGGUGAGAAGGAGGAGUCCUCCUCGGAUGAGGAGCCCGUCUCGGAGAGAAAGGUCUCCUGAGAGGCACAGGAGCUCUCCAAGAAAGAGGUCACCUGUUAGAACCAUUUCUUCUCACAGGAGGAAGUCACCCACAAGAGAAAAAUCAACUCGCUGUAGGUCUCCAAAACAUGGAAGGUCGGUCUCUCCUGUAUUGCGUUCUCCUUCUCCACACACAAAACGCCUGAAACGAGUUCAAGCUGAGCGUGAGGCUGACAGAGUUACUGACAGGGAGCGUGAGCGGAAUAAUGUCAGGGAAAGUGAUAAGGGGAGACAUAGGGAAAGGGGUGUGGACAGGGAAGCUCCUAGUAACAGGGAAAGGGGUGUGGACAAGGAAGCUCCCAGUGAUAGGGAAAGGGGUGUGGACAAGGAAAUUCCAAGUAAGAGAACUGAGAGGAGUGAUCGAAGUGAGAGGAGAUCAGCAAGGGAUAGAGAUGAUAAUGGCUCAUCUAGGUCAAGACAUGGGCACUCAACCUCACCAACUGAUCGUGGCCACAGGCAUAGACACAGUUCCCGCUCACCUCCGGGGGCCGGAGCACGUCACGAGGUGGCAUACCCAAGAGGAUCUGAGCAGAGCUGGGAUGAUGAUAAGGAUUCAGUGGCUAAAAUGAAGGCUACUGAGGAGGCCCUGGAAGAAAAACAAAAGCAAAAACCUUCAUUUGAGCUGUCUGGGAAGCUUGCUGCUGAAACAAAUCGUGUUAGAGGUGUUACGUUGCUGUUUAAUGAACCACCUGAUGCUCGGAAACCCAAUAUAAGAUGGCGACUGUAUGUUUUCAAGGGCGGUGAAGUUUUAAAUGACCCCCUAUAUGUGCACCGCCAAAGCUGUUAUCUUUUUGGUAGAGAAAGGAGAGUGGCAGACAUCCCAACAGAUCACCCAUCCUGCAGCAAGCAACAUGCCAUCAUCCAGUUCCGGCAAGUGGAGAAAGAAGAAACUGAUGGCACAUUAACAAAGCAACCGAGAGUAUGUAAUUCUGCACGAGAACUCGGCAGAGUAACUGGGAUUGGUCUAACCGAUGGAUUCCUUGAGCUGUUUCAUUGUGAUUUUGCCCUCUGGUAUGUGAAGGAUCCGGACACAUUCUGCUUGCACUGGGUGCCUGGGCGUUCUGUAUUAGGAGUUGGACUGGGAAGUGGUGGUGGCAUUAAUAUCAGACUCUGGAUUUUGGCUCAUUUUUCAUAUUUGGAGGAGGAUUUUUGUGUAAAAUGCUGAAUGUGUCUAGAUUUGUGUUAAUUUUAAAGCAGACAUUAGCUAGUGGAUUAUCUGAUGUUCAAACAAAGUCUUUAAAAAUGUUUAUUUGCUCUUUCUUUACCA